AUGUGCACUUUCUUUCUUGCUUUUUUCUUUCUUUCUUUCUUCUUCCUUCUUCUUUCUUUCUUUCUACCCUUUCUUUCUUUUUUAUUUCUUCUUCUUUCUUUGUUUUUCUUUUUUUCUUUGUUUUUCUUUCUUUAUUUAUUUUUCUUUUUUCUUUAUUUCUUUCUUUUUUCUUACUUUCUUUAUUUCUUUUUUCCUUAUUCUUUCUUGUUUCUUUCUUUCUUCUUUCUUUCUUUCAUUCUUUCUACCCUUUCUUGCUUUCUUUUUUCUUUCUUUCUUUUUUCUUUUUCUUACUUUCUUUUUCUUUCUUUCUUUCUUUUUUCUUUAUUUCUUUCUUUUUUCUUUCUUUCUUUCUUUUUUCUUUCUUUCUUUCUUUCUUUUUUCCUUUUUCUUUUUCUUUCUUUCUUACUUUUUCUUUCUUUCAUUUUUCUCUCUUUCUUUCGUUCUUUCUUUCUUGCUAAGACUGAAACCAAAUAUCUCCGGUUUUUUCACCAUACUUCUUCGAGUUCUUUUUUAUUCGUCUUCAUUCGUUUCUAUUUAUUCCUCGACAUUUUUCCAUUUUCCUUCUUCAUUACUUUUUUCUUCAUUAUUCUUAAUUGUUUUUUUUUUAUUUUAUUAUCAUUCAUUUCCAUUUUCUUUCAUAUCUUUCUUCCAUAUUCUUCUUCAUUUUUCAUUAUUUUCCGUUUUAUUAUUUAUUUCUUUUUUCUUUUUCUUCUUCUUCCUCCUCUUCUUCUUCUUCUUCUUUUAAUUCGCUUUUCAUGUCAUCCUUCAUUUUUUCUUCUCUUUUGUUUGCCGUUUUCUUCAUUGUAUUACUUCUUUUCAUUCUACUUUUUAAAAUAUUUCACCAUUUCUUUGCUUCUUCUUAUUUUUCUUCAUGCUUUUCCUUCUUUUAAUUUGUUCUUCAUGCUAUCAUUCAUUUUUCUUUUUCAUGCCUUUCAUUCUUUUAAUUUUUUCAUGCAAUCCUUCUUAAAUUUUUCUUCAUGA